GUCCAGGUCGAAUUUUGGCGUAGCCAAGGAGUCGCCGGGGUAUGACUGUGUAAAAUCAGCAUUUUCCUACUCUCCAAGUCUAUGUCAUCUCAUUGCUCUGACGUAGACACUGGUGAUCACGUCGUAUGAGAAUUCCUGGGGAAUUGCUGCUGCAAGUUGGCCGAAAUUGACGUAGCGUUUGCUUGGGUGAGUCAGAAAGUAUACAGUUGCGUGUUCACUAGGAUUUAUUUAACCAUGCACUUGACGUAAAUCAUCUGUUAAUGGUUUCAUCCAAUCGGGAGCUUCAACGUCCCCAUAAUGACGUCACUGUAGGGGCAUAUAACCUCCCGAUUAGAUAAAACUGCAAUAGCUGAUUUAUGUCAAGUGCAAGGUGAGUGGGGUGAAAAGAAGAAGCAACACGUCUCAGAGAAACGAAGUGGGGAUGGGGAUUUGGGAUGGUGACUGGCGCUGACGGGGUGAAACGGCACUGGGCGGGAAUUAAUGGGGAGUUCUAGGCAGAGGUCGUGGUUGUGAACGCCGUAAUUUACACCACAUCCUGACCACAUCCACAUGCUGCCGCUCCGUGAUUUGACCGCCUCUCCAUGCACAACGAUUGUUUUGUAUAGCUAAGCUGCAAGAGUUGCAAUUUCCCAGUUUAAAAUUAUUAAUGUAAGAGAAGUGACGGUGUUCUGAAGUUUCUACAAUGUCGACCUUUACGCCUGGCACUGCUGCUCAGUGCACAACAGAAGUGGAGUUGUCAUUUUCGUGCAGGAAUCUGCCAUAUCAAGAUGUUAUGUCCAAGUCAGACCCAAUGGUAGUUGUGUACAUAAAACCUUUUGGAGAAGAACGUUGGCAAGAAGUUCAUCGUACUGAAACUAUUCAAAAUAAUCAUGAACCAAAUUUUGCUAAGAAAUUUAAUGUACAUUAUCGUUUUGAAGAACAACAACCUUUGAAGUUUGAAGUUUAUGAUGUAGACUCAAACAGCACAAGACUUGCAGACCACGAUUUUAUUGGAACUGCCUCUUGCUCACUGGCAAAUAUUGUUGCAAGUGGUAAAGUACAAUUACCUUUAGGUCAAAUCAGAGUGUCAGGUGAUCAGCCUGCCUGCAUUAUUGUGACAGCUGAAGAACUUCAAAAUCUCAAGGAUGAAGUUUGGUUAGAAUUUCAUGGUCAAUCAUUAGACAAGAAAAAUUGGCUGUGGUGGAAAUCUGAUCCAUUUCUUGUGUUCUACAAGUCGACAGAAUCAGGGGAUUAUGUGGUUGUUCAUAAAACUGAGGUCCAACACACAACUCUGAAUCCACGGUGGCAUAGAUUUAGUUUACCAGUUCGAUCCCUUUGCAAUGGAGACUAUGAUCGGAACAUCAAAGUUGUGUGUAUGAGCUACCGUGGAAAUGGGGAUCACAGUCUUAUUGGUGAGUUCUACACAACAUUACGGUCUCUGCAACGUGGUCCAGGAGCAGAGUCUACAUUUCCUCUCAUCUCUGAGAAGAAAAAAGGCCGAAAAAGUGAUUAUGAAAAUUCAGGACAAAUACUCUUGCGUUUCUUUGAAUUGCGCAAGAUUCAUACGUUUAUGGAUUUCCUACGAGGGGGAACUCAACUUCAUUGCUCCAUUGCUAUUGACUUUACAGGUUCAAAUGGUAAUCCAACUCAACCAGAGUCACUUCAUUUUAUAAGUCCUGUGCAAAAUAAAUACGAACAGGCAAUUUCAGCUGUGGGCAGCAUAAUUCAAGAUUAUGAUAGUGACAAGAUGUUUCCAGUCCUUGGUUUUGGAGCACGUCUUCCUCCAGAUGGAAGAGUCUCGCAUGAAUUUUUUGUGAACAUGGAUUCUACCAACCCCUAUGUUCAAGGAAUAGAAGGUGUAUUGAUGGCUUAUCGAAAUUGUUUGACACAAAUACAAUUGUACGGUCCAACAAAUUUUGCACCAGUCAUUAACCAUGUGGCUCGUUUUGCACAAACUUAUCGUGAUGGCUCAAGUUAUUUCAUUUUAUUGAUUCUCACAGAUGGUGUAAUAACAGAUAUGCCUCAAACUAUAGAGGCUAUCAUCGCGGCUUCUUCACUUCCAAUGUCCAUCAUUAUUGUUGGCAUUGGCACUGCUGAUUUUUCUGCAAUGGAGACUUUAGAUGCAGAUACAGUUGCACUGCAGUCAGGUGGCCGACGUGCACAGAGGGACAUUGUACAAUUUGUGCCCUUCUCUAAAUUUUUGAAUCAAGGAGAUGCUCGUACUGCUAGACUGCGACUAGCCCGGGAAGUGUUGGCCGAAGUUCCUACACAGUUCUUGGGAUACAUGCGCCACAAUAACAUUUCUCCCCGUCCUCCUACUGACCAAAUGGUUGUCUUGCCUCCUGAUCCUGAACAGGGAUUUUCAAACUGAAAUUUUUUGGUGCUACAUAAUUGCAUUUAUCGUAAAUGUGGAAACAGUUUUGUAAUAGAGAUCAUUUUACAAUGGUAAAUUUGUCAGGGAGUGUUCUUCUGAUUUAAUUUUACCUUCCUGUACAUCUCAUAUGAAAAUAACGUAUUUACCCGAAUAUAAGAAGAGUCUUAUCUUGGUCGAAAAAUUUGUUGUCGUCAUCUAUUCGCAGAUUAAGCUUGUUCAGUUAGGGUCUGAAAUUUUACACAUUGCUAUUCUAUGCCACGAAACUCAUAAAUGUAGACACAACAAUAAACUAAGAAUAUUUUAAAAAUAUCUUGUGUAUUUUUAAUCCAUAAUUGUGCGUGCAGUCGUAUUCUCAGCAUCCCCUGUGAAUUUGCCAGGUAAUUAAAAUUUAUAUUUUUGAAUGGGCCAGUAAAGACAAAAUCCUAAACAAAUGGCAUUGUAUCAAAUGAAACGUAACAUGAAAGUUAAUUCCGAGAUUUUUUUACACGAUGCGUGUUCGACAAGGCUGCGCAGAAUCUAAGUUUGCCAAGGCAAACGUGAAUCUGCAUUUUGAACUUUUAAAGAAAGAGGCCAUUAACAAGUAUGGCAGACUGAAAUUAAUGUUCUUAGGUGGCAUCUGAUGAAAGACCAAGAGCAGUGCAAAUUCAAUGCGCAAAACUUUGAGAGACCUAAAAAGUCACAGCAUAGGAGGAGGACCAAAAAGAAAGAAAUAUUGAUACAUGUGAAGAUAUUGUGGGUAUUCACAGAUUCCAGGAUUACGAUUUUAAGGAACAAGAAAAUUAUCAAUCAGCAAUAAGUUUUAACAUUCUCAUUAAUACGUUUUCUAGUCGAUAAGAAAAUUUGUAAUUUUAUUUUGACUUAAUGAUAAGAAUUAAAAAUUCUCAGGAGGCCUCUCCAAAAUUACGGGGUUGUCUUAUAUUCAGAGUCGACUUAUAUGCGGGUAAUACAUACAAAUGUGUAAAUAGUAUUUUUUUGUAGUAUUAAUUUUUAAAAUUGUAACUAUGAAAGACAACAUUCCACCUAUUUCCAUUUGUUUGACUGUAGUUGUAUUAAUUCUCUGAUGGGACAAUUUUCUCUGGGUCAUGUAAAAGAACUUUACUUGCCAAAUUUUUUAUAACUUUUCAGAUUUUAAACUUUAGGGAAUUAUUGGCCUAGGGAGUAAAGACAACUCAUAGAGAGAGAGGGAGGGAGGGUGAUUGCAUUUUGAUAUGUAUGGAUGCAGUGUGCCUUAAAUCAGAGCUGUACAGGCAAGUACCCAACUGCUCUUUGCUUCUAGCACGUGGAUCACAUAGGGAUAAGAAUAUGAAAGGUAAUGCAAUCGCAUGCCGCAAUAUGCAAAACCUGUGGACUGUAGUGUCCCCAAACUUAGAAAAAAAUGGUAAAAUAUAAGUAAAAGGAAUUUCAUUAAUUUUGUGGACCACAUUCAUUCUGUGAUGAAACGAUGGGGAAAACUAUUUAUUUUCUUAAAAUGGGCAUUAAAUAUGUUGGUAAUGUUGCUAUUGUAUAAAGGAGAGAAAAAUAACAAUGUGAUAGUCUCUAUAACGUGUAAAAUGAGAGUAAUUGUUUUCCUUUCUUCUUCGGCAAAUAUUUGUCAUAAUCAGUGAUGUGAUUCUCUGCAUACUGCUAACAUAAAUUAAAUUUCUUAAUGUAAUAAAGUACUUUGGUGCAUACUUGGAAUGUGGUACACCCAGCACACAACUUAAAAUCCUUUAAACAGAUCUUAGACUGUGUCACUUUGGGAAAACUUUAUGAAAACUUGGAUUGAUCCCAUUUUAAAAGUAGAUUUCAAAGAGCAGAAAUACUGUAUCCUGCUUUCUAGUCUCUCCUCCUCAUGGGAGGGAGGAAGCAUUGCUUUACAUUCUCUCUUUCUGUAGAUUUAACUUUCUUUUGUUUAAUUCUUUCCUGAAAGUUAUGUCAACCACGUUGAUUUUAAUCAGGAUAUUCAUAAGAGCAGUUUUUACAGGUGAUUUUGAAAGUUUUCAUAAUAGUUUUACAAAUUAUGUAUCCAAUGAUCAGACUUUUGUAAUAAUUAAUAAUAGAAUCCCCAACUUAUUCCUUGGGUAUAUGGUAUGUGAUAUCAGUCACCUUUUAUAUAAAACAAAAAAAGGUAAUUCUUGUUUGCACCCACACUCAAUUUUCUUCUUUAGAAGAAUGAUCAUUGUAAAUUUAAAUGUGAGUAUUGUUUAACUUGACAUUUAACUUCGGAUUGUGUAUGUAGAAUUGUAAAUAAUAAAUUACAGUUAAAUACAAAUAAUUUUUUAUGACAAAUCUGUAAAAAAAUGGUGAAUGUUACAGCCAACAGCAUUGUUUUAACCAGUGGCAUGUGGUACGGAAUUCUAUUGGUGGUGCCAGUUAGUGAAGUGACAUCGAUGUUCAAAAUUAUAAUAUUGAUGGUAAUAAAACAUCAAUAAAGAACGAUGUUUUUAAACAUAAUUGUGAUGUUUCAAAACUAGUUUAGUAAUUUCUAAAGUAGAAUUUGUGAACAACAAAAUUUAAUUUUAUAGUGAUCAUAUUUAUUAAUUAAUAAUGAAGAUUAAACUGAAUACAAACUAAAAUAUAAUAAGAAUAAAUAAAAAUAAUCUGCAUGAAAUUUUGAGUACCUACAGUAAUCUCAACAGAUUCCUGAGUUUGCUGAAGAAAGGUACGGGAAGAAGAUGAGAGGUCUUACGCCCAUGGCAUACGCUGCCUCUCCAUUUGCAAAACACACAAAAGAUGUAUGAAAUACCAGGGCAUCGACGUCAUCCAGAGUGAGAUAGUUUGUUGAAGAUAGUGCCAUUAGCGCAUUCUAUCGAACAGAACAUGAACCAGUGUCUCUUUGAAUCUGGCAGUCUCACUAAUAAGAGAUGCCUAUAAACCUACAGUGUUUUUCAUACAGCAUUAAAUAGGCAUAGACGGCACCGAUCAGUACGUGGCUCAGAGGUUCAGGAGGAGGCUGACAGAUAGCAUCAAGCCCUUACGUUUGAAGAAAGUAUUGAUUGAAGGACUAAGUUCAAAUGUAUUAUUAAAAAGAAAAAAAUGAAGAAACAGUAUUUUAUACACAUCUGUGGUGAAAAUUUACUUUUCCUUCCUCUUUUGUUGGUGGUUCCCAUUUCUCACUGGCAUUACCAUCGCCACUGGUUUCAACAUUGUUCAAGCUAUUGUUGUCAUUAUUAUUAUAAGUUUGACAAACUCUUAUUGACAGCAUUAUUGUAUUAAAGAUCAUUUUAUGCGACUUGGUGUGAUUUGGUAAUGAUCACAGACAUUCAUUUCUUCUGAAAUUUUCAGUGUAUUUCUUUCAAUAAAGUUUCUCUUGUGCUUCCAUUUUUGAAACAUAAAAUCUAACAUCUUUUUGAUCUUGCUUUGAUUAUCUUGUUUAACUAAAAUGGUAUUUUUCUUAAAAGAUAUAACUUAAGUGUUUGUAUUUAUUGCACUAGGUAUUUUCUAAAUACCAUCCACUUUCUAUUGAAUUAUAUAUUUAUGAUGAAAAAUUCUCAGGAUAAUGGAUCAUGUUUCCACUGUUUGUGCAGUUGUAAUCAAGCAAUGAACAUGCUGUUUUGCUGUGCACAUAAAGUGAUGCUUCUCACUGUGAUUGGUAACCUUCAUCCUGGUAGAGACUGCUCGUACCAAUCUACAGUUGUUUGCAUCUUGCUGUCAGGCAAAGAAGAGGCUUGAACUCCCAGACUUUAUUUAUGAAUCUCAUUGAUUAGAUAGUUCAUCUGAUUUGAUACGUUUGCCAAUAAUGUCUAUAAAAUGAAGUGAACUGUUCUUUGACUUCAUAACUUUAUUAAUUUUUGAUUUGAACUUUUAACAAAUGUUGAAUGCAUGUUCUAAGAGUAAUUAUACAUAUAAACUUUGGACGUGGACUGUUUUUCUCUCCCGUCUUUCCGAAAUGUGUAAUAUAAUGUCUUUAUCGUAAGAGUAUUACCAUGAAAUAUAUCCAUCACUAAUUCAAUUUUUCAUGCUUAUAUUUGAAACCUGUUAUUGAUGGUUUUCAUAUUUACUCAGAGUUAGCUUUUAUAAUCUGAAUUAUACACAACCUUAUGAAUGAAUAAGUAUUUAAAGUGUCGAGUGUCUUCAUAUGUGGACUAAAAAUUUUCUUUCUUAAAACAUAUUGGUAUCUUUAGCUAUACAAUGUAUAUUACUAGAUCGAUAAAACUUUUUGAGCUUGGAGAAGUUGUUUGAAAUAUUUGAUGUUUGACUAGUGGAUAUGAACUGUAUUGAAAUUUCUGAAUAGUAGCAUGUGAAUAAAUUUUGUUAUGUCAUCAUGCAUGUUGGAAUUGAUUCUGCUUAAUUAAAAUUUACAAUUGAUGCAUUAACUCAUUAUUGUACUUGCUUGCUGUUAAAUGUGCCUUCUAUUUGUUGGAAGAAAAUUACUUCAUAAUGAAAGUAUAUAUUCUUUAUAUAUGUAUAUGUAAAGUGAAACCUAAUCUGACAGUUGGUAAUGAUAAUAAUUCAGAGUUGUCUGAAAAUAUUGCUGGUACUUUUUAUGUACAUGAAACAAUAUUGCAAUAUUUUGGAUGGCUUCUAUACCUUCUGGGUAUUGUGUCCCAAGGACAACAUGGAAUGUUUUUUCAUUUCAUACUUCCUAGGCCAGUCACAGUGCUAGUGGUGCAUAGCAUUUUCUUUGAUUGUGAAUACUUUAUGAAUCACAGUAAGGUCCUGACUUGCUCAUCUGAAGGUCUUUGAGGAGCAGCUUUUUAAUUCAAGAUGUUUGACAUUUGUUAAAAAAAAUUAACUAGUGAGAAGGAUACAUAAAGCAAAAGCAUUAUUCUACAGUUAUGCUGCAAGAGAAACUCAAAAAGACUUUUGAGGAUUAGAAUAUGAACUUGAACAUUUCAUAAACAAAUGUGCCUCUAAUAAAGCAGUAAAAUGCUGAUGUCGACACAAUAUCCUCUUGUAUCAUGCCCAAGUACAUAUAAAUCUUUUCAAGUGAGAGUUUUUUUUGUUUUCUUUGCUUCCUAGUAAUUUUUAAAUUGAUGUGUUUAUUUCCUUUAAAUACUCUUUGGGGAUGUUUAGCUAGUUGUAUUCAACUUUGUUUUGAAGAGUGGGAAAGGAGAAAAAAUAAACUAAUUUAGUUUCUAUAUACAGUAUACAUAUAUUUCAGUACAAUUAAACUAUAAGAUACUUGGAAACAAAACGUACAUGGUGCAGUAUAACUUUUAUGCUAGAAUGAUUGCUACCUGAAUGUGAAUUAACUAUUUUCAACUUCUCCAAUCUGCACAUGUAAAUUAUAAUAGAAACCUCUAAUUUUCAGUGAACAGUGUAACGGGAAUGAUAGCCCAACGAUCUUAAAUUGCUUUUGAAAUCACACUGGAAUUUAAAUCAUAUGAAAUAUGAUACAUGGUAGGAAUUGGAAGUUUCACAAUCCAAACUUUUUGUAUAUAAUGUUUGUCACAAUAUCUUUAAGUCCUACAGACAUGAACUCAUUUGUUGAAAAUUAUAUUUGCUACAUAUGCUCAUGAAGUAAAUGAAAAUCGUUGGUGUUAUAAGGUUAUUAAGGUACUCUUCUACCAGAGUUUUAAAUUUUUUAUUUGUGGCGUACAAUAUAUCUCAAUUUAAUUGUGAUUGCUAAUACCUAAUCCAAUAAGUAAAGUCAAAAAUAUUUUCUUAAAAAAAUUAUUUUAUUUGUUUUUCCCAUGAAACAGCACAUGAAUGGGUUAACAUUUUUUAAUGAUUUAUUUUUAAGAUUGUUACUUGAAUUAAACUUGCCUGAACAUAAAUUUGAAGAUUCAUAAGGGACUUAUAUGUACUUCGUAAAAAUUUAAAUUACAACUUUUAAAAAUCCCUGGUAACAAUGACAAUUCAGAGUAAUUUAUUAUUGCUAAUUUAAUUUCUGCAACCAUUUCAUGUUUAGAUAUAAGAAUUGACAAUCCGCUAUUAAAUAAAAAAUGAAUCAUAAAGAUAUCUUUAAAAUCAGAAGAGUUGAUAUAUCAAGUCGGGUCAAACAAGAGAAAAAGUAACUUGAAGGAAAAGCCAGAUUUAGAUUUUAUUACCUCUAAAGUGACUGAACACUAGUUCCCUAACCAGAAGAAAGAAUUUGUCCAAAAGGAUGUUCUGAUGUAACAACAUAAGGCCCUUAAUUAAUUUUACUUUCUCAUAAAAUAGUCUUAACUUUUUUUUCAUUUUUUGCGAUCAUGGACACUUGAAUUGCAAAUGGCCAUGGGAUGUGGUUAAUAAAUAAAAAUUUAACAAUCUUAGAAACAUGUUUAAGGGUAGAAGGUACUGUAAGUCAAAUGAAUAAAAAGAUAGUGACGAAAUAUGUCCUAGUGGAAAAGUAUUCUUAUGGCUACACAUACAAAAAAGAAUAUGAAAGUAACUUCGCAAUAAAAGUUGAGCACGGUCAUGGCAGGUGAAUUGUAUAAAAAUGACAUAAUGGGAAAGAAAAUGGUGACACUUCUUUUUCGUUUCUUCUAACUAGAAAACCUCCAAUAGUGAAAAAUCUUAAUUGAAAAGAAUAUAAGUAAAUGUGCACAAAAAUAGAGGUAGAAGUAGUCACUUGAAAACAUGUUCCAAAGAAAGAAAAAGUAGAGAGAAUAGACAGGAUUGCAAAAUCCCACCUGGGACAGCAUUUUAAU